UCACUCUAUAUCAUUUGAGCUUCAGCGAGGAAGAGAGAAGAGUCUUCAUCUGAAAAAAACAAAACAAUGGAGACACUUUUGGAAUUCCUUCUUAUUAUAUUUUGUGCUCUAAUUAUGGGUUGUGCUUGUGGUGGUAGCCAAGUGAGAUCUGAUUCUGAUAUUAACUACGGAAGCUACAAAGCUGGAGACUCUGUUCCUUUAUAUGUCAGUAAAAUGGGGCCCUUUCAAAAUCCCAGUGAAACAUACCACUAUUUUGAUCUUCCAUUCUGUAAACCAGAUUAUUUCAAGGAAAAGAAGCAAACUUUUGGUGAGAUGUUAAAUGGAGAUCAUCUCAUCAACGCACCAUAUGGGCUUGAGUUUCUAGUAGAGAAAAAUUUCACAGUGGCAUGUUCGAAAAAUUUGACCGAGGAACAAGUUUCUCAAUUUCGAACAGCAAUAGGAAGAGAUUACUACCUUCAACUGUACCAUGAUGAGUUGCCAUUGUUGCUAUUCAUAGGCAAAGUUGACAAACAAGGGGCUACUAAUGAUUACAGAUAUUUACUUCACAAUCACAUUCAUUUUCAAGUUUUUUUCUAUGAAGAUCACAUAGUCAAGAUAGAUGCUCUACCAUACCCCGAUGCAGGGGUUGACCUGACUGAAGACAAGGAGACAUAUGUGGAGUUUCUUUACUCUGUGGAAUGGGAAGAUGUGUACUUUCCAUUAGAGAAAAGAAUGGAAGAGUACUCAGAUUCUUCAUUAUUUGUAUCGAAACACAUGGAAUAUCAUUGGUUUUCAUUAAUGGACUCAUGUGGUAUAUUUCUUAUCUUGAUUGGUGGUGUUGUGAAAUUGUACAUUCGUGUCUCCAAGAAAGAAUUUGCAGAGGGUUCGCACGACGAAGAAUCAGUCUCUAACCAAGAAGAAAGAGGUUGGAAAUGCAUCCAAGAUGAUGUCGUUAGAACCCCUUGUCAAAAGUCCUUGCUUGCUGCAGCUCUUGGUUCUGGUACACAAUUGCUGACCCUUACCAUACUCAUUCUGGCACUGGGGCUAUCUGGUGUAUUUUAUCCACACAACCGCGGUCGCCUAUCGACUGCACUAUUUGUCAUUUACACAAGCACUUCUACUAUUGCUGGUUACACAUCAGCUUCCUUUUAUUGUCAUCUUGGAGGAACAAAUUGGUUGAGGAAUCUACUUCUUACAGAAUGCCUUUUUUCUGGACCUUUGCUUUUCACAUUCUGCCUUCUUAAUGUUAUAGCCACAGCUUACAAGGCAACUGCAUCAGCACUACCCUUUGGCACAAUCAUCGAAUUAGCUCUCCUUUGGACACUAAUUUCAUUCCCAUUGCUUCUACUUGGUGGGAUGAUUGGAAAGAGCAACAAGGUUGAGUUGCAAGCGAUUUGUCCGAGUAAAAAGGUUAAGUUGCUAGCUCCUUUACAAACCAUGAAUGCACCUCGAGAAAUUCCACCACUUCCAUGGUAUAGGCACGCAGUGCCUCAGAUAGCGCUGGCUGGGGCUUUGCCUUUCUCGGUCAUGUACUUUGAGCUUUUCUUUGCAAUCAGUAGUGUGUGGGGUCAUGGAACUCACAUCUCAUACAAGAUGCUGUUUAUCACCUUCAUUCUUGUUCUUGUUUUCAUUGCUUUAGUGAAUGCUUGUCUCACAUGUCGCCAGCUUCUUGCUGAAGAUCACAAAUGGUGGUGGAGGUCGAUUUUUCGUGGUGGAUCAGUUGGAUUGUAUGUUUACUGCUAUUGCAUAUUCUACUACUAUGUGAAAUCAGAUUGGUCUGGUGUUUUGCAAAUCUCAUUCUUCUUUGGGUACAUGGCUUGCAUCAGCUAUGGAAUUUCCUUAAUGUUUGGUAGUGUUAGUUUUGCAGCCUCUUUUCUUUGUGUUCACUACAUGUACCAUCCUACUAAGCAUAAUUAGUGGCUACUAAUCAUCUUUAAUCUGUGUUUAUGUAAAUCUUGUCCUCUGGUUUUCAUUAACAAUCUUUUGUAGAGUGCAUCAUCUUCACUAAAAAUUCUAGUGGUGAUGGUGAUAUAGAUUAGUGUUCACAAAGUUAAAACAAUAAUAGACUAAACAAAUCUUCAAUUUGGUUCUUGAGCAUAGG